CCCCCACCCCGGGCCUCGGGACGCUGAGCAGGGACACACUGGACAGCCGCUCCCAGUCGCCAUGGACGCUGAAGGCCUGCCGCUCCUGCUGCCCCCCACCACGCUGGUGGCCCUGGCUGACAGCUGGCUCCGAGAGGACUGUCCCGGCCUCAACUUCGCAGCCCUGGCCACCGGAGCGGGCCCCUCCCGGGCUGCGCUGUGGGCCAAAUCCCCUGGCAUCCUGGCUGGACGCCCUUUCUUCGACGCCGUCUUUGCUCAGCUCGACUGCCAGGUGUCCUGGUUCCUCCCUGAGGGUUCGAGGCUGAAACCUGUGGUCAGGGUGGCUGAGGUGCGGGGCCCUGCUCACCGCCUGCUGCUGGGGGAGCGGGUGGCCCUGAACACGCUGGCCCGCUGCAGUGGCAUUGCGAGUGCUGCAGGUGCAGCGGUGGAGCUUGCCAAGGCCGCUGGCUGGGCUGGUCGUGUGGCCGGCACGAGGAAGACCACCCCGGGCUUCCGGCUGGUGGAGAAGUACGGUCUGCUGGUGGGUGGAGCCGCCUGCCACCGCUACGACCUGGGCGGGCUGGUGAUGGUGAAGGACAACCACAUUGUGGCCGCCGGCUGUGUGGACAAGGCUGUGCAGGGCGCCAGGCGGGCAGCUGGCUUUGAGCUGAAGGUGGAGGUGGAGUGCGGCAGCCUGCGGGAGGCGGAGCAGGCGGCCAGCGCUGGAGCUGACCUGGUCAUGCUGGACAACUUCAAGCCUGAGGAGCUGCACUCCACAGCUGCCGCGCUGAAGGCCCGGUUUCCUGGGGUGACUGUGGAGGCGAGCGGGGGUGUCACCCUGGACAACCUCCCCCAGUUCUGCGGGCCUCACGUCGACGUCAUUUCCUUGGGGAUCCAGAGUGAGCGAAAAGCAGCUUCCACCCCCAAGGGCGCCCCCCCCCCCGGGGGUCUCUGA